UGAGUGGCAGCCAGCCUAGGAGGAGUUUUGUUGUACUAAGUUUUGUGAGUUUUUCACAGCAGAACCGGACAGCACUGGAAUUAAGGUUUUCUGGAGGAGAUCAGAGAGAAAAUCCUCCUCGAGAUCACCAUGUUCUCUCUGUCAGAGCUGGCUCCUCUGAACCAGCAUCAGCACAGAUCUAAACUGCUGAAGCCCUGGUGGGAGGUCUUUAUGGACUACCUGGUGGUCCUGAUGUUGAUGGUAUCUGUUCUAGCGUGUACGGAGCAGCUGUCCCGGGACAGAGUGGUGUGCAUUCCCUUGGAUCCACUCACCACCAAAAAUUCUAGUCGUUACAAUUCAUCAUCUGCUGUGGCUGAUGUGGUGCUGACUGCACCUCUGAAGCAAGAAAACAGCAGCCCAAAUCUUCAUUCUACAGCCCAGGGUCGACGCACACAUCUGGUCUAUCAGCAGUAUGUUUAUGUUAGUCAGGUGUGCUACCAUGAGGCUUUGCCUUUAUCCUCCCGCUUCUUCCCCUACUUGGCCUUGAUGCAGUCUCUGGUCCUCGUAGCCAGCGGUUCUUUCUGGCUCCACUUCCCUCACACCUCUUCCCGUAUUGAACACUUCUUGACCAUCUUGGCAAAGUGCUGUGAGUCUCCUUGGACAUCUCAGGCCCUUUCACAUGCUGCCCAGCAGGAGAACAUCCACACGAAGGAGGUGAACGUGGAGACACGACCGCUUCCUCCCUCUUCAUCAUCUUCACCCCAAGUGAUGUGCACAAGACGUCCAAGCAGAGACUCUGGCACAGACAGUCCGCUUUUACAGAGGUCAGACAGUGCAUCCACCGCAGCCCCUCCCUCCCCAUGCCCGUCCACACUGUCCUGCAGCUCCACCAAAUCAUCUAUAUCCCUCAGCUCCCAAGUACUGUUAGCUUCUUCUAAGCCCACCAUCAUGACAAAGGGUCCCAGGCAGGUCAUAAGUCUGGACAGAAGUGAUGGGGAACAGGCCAGGGCACUGUUUGAAAAAGUCCGCAAGUUUCGAUCCCACUGUGAAAGCUCCUCUGUCAUCUAUAAGGUCUACUUGGCUCAGACUAUAUUCAAGCUGCUGAUGGUUUUGCUGAUCGGUAGUUACACUGUCCCUCUCAUCAGCUCCUUCUCCUUCACCCACACCUGUCACCCUGAACAGCAGUCUCUGGUGGGCUACACUACCUUUGAGUGCAUCCAUGUGCUCUCCUCUCUUUUACGCAAACUGCUGGUGGUGUACUCUACCUUGCUGGGUCUCUACGGCCUGUUGAACCUAUACACACUCAUCUGGAUUUUACACAGCUCUCUACAUCAAUAUUCCUUUCACUCACUUAAGGACUUGAGCUCCCUCACAGACAUUCCCAACCUGAGAAAUGACCUGGCUUUUCUCUUAAAUAUGCUGGACCAGUACGACCAUCUGCGGGCCCAGCGUCUAUCCGUCUUCCUGUCACCCAACAGCGAGAGCAGGCUGAUGGAGGAAAACCUGGAGAGGCGCUGGGGGGAGGAGAAGCUGCAUUCCAUGAUCAGCAUGGACUCGGAGGGCUGCUCCAGGCUGCAGCUAGUGGCCCUGCCUCAGCUUCCUCCCGCCCUCUUCACCCUGACCCAGCUCCAAAUCCUCAAACUGGAGCUCAUCACUGACGCCAGGUUCACUGCACAAGUGUCCAACAUGUCCUCCCUCAGAGAACUCCAUCUUUACCAUUGCUCAGCAGCUGUGGAUCCAACUGCACUAGCGGUUCUCCAAGAACGUCUGGAGGUCCUUCAUCUCACCUUUACUCAGGUUUCAGAGAUCCCAAGCUGGGUCCUCUCCCUCCGCAACUUGCAUCAGCUCCACCUCAGUGGCCGUCUGAGCAGUGAAGGUGGAGUGGGUCGUGGAUGGGCAUUGGGAAGCCUGCGCCAACUGCGUCACCUUCGUGUGCUAGUGAUUCAAGGCAGGUUACAGCGAAUUCCUGGGGAGCUGUGUGAAGUGGCUGGCAGCCUGGUAAGGCUGGAGGUCUCCAACGAAGGCACCAGGCUGCUGGCACUAACAGGCCUAAAGCGAAUGUCUGACAUGACAGAGCUACUCCUCCAGGACUGCCAGUUGGAGCGUUUGCCCUCUGCCCUUGUGGCUCUGGCCAACCUCCGCUCACUUGACCUGCAGCAUAAUAAUUUGAGAACUCUGGAAGAACUCCUGACUCUGUCUCAUCUGCGGCGUCUCUCGACCUUCAGACUGGCAUAUAACCGUAUAUUGUCUCUUCCAGCCAGUGUUGGUAUGCUUCGUGGUCUGGAGCUCCUUGAUCUGUCAAAUAAUCAGCUGCGGAGCCUUCCCCCUGCACUCUUUACUCUUCGCUGCCUUCGUAAGCUGCUCUUGUCUGGAAACCUGCUUGAGGAACUACCUGCAGAGGUGAAGGCCUUGCAGCUGCUUUCAGAACUAGAUCUCAGCGGAAACAGGCUAGAGAGCCUCCCCCCUGAGCUAUUCAAUGGUUGUUUGGAGCUGCGGAUCCUAAAUGUUGCUCACAAUUCUCUCUGCUCAUUACCCAGAGGGAUUUCAGGUUUAAGUCAGCUGUGCAGGUUGGAUUUACGCAGUAACUGCCUGGAGGAACUGCCUGCUGAACUGGGCUGCUGCCCAGGGCUGCAUGCAGGUGGUCUUCUGGUAGAAGACUGGCUGUUUCAUUCUUUGCCCCUUAAUACCAGAGAUGUGCUUAGCCAUCCUCAUUCUACCUGCGGAGCAUAUUCAGAAGAGCGUUCCCGACCAGAGUCUGACAGUUUCCCAUACUUCUCUCCCACACUGUGGAGCUUCUCUUCAGCUCUGGAAUCACAGAUAUAACUUACAACAGAUCAAUAAAGCCUGUUUUAUCCCAGCUCAUACUUGAAAUAAUUGUAAACAACUGGCUGGAUAGUGAAAAACGCAUUAGCAAGUAUAUAUAUAUAUUUUAAACGCUAUGUAAGCAAACUAUAACAAAUUACACAAAGUAAAUUGACUGUAUGGAGUUGCUACAACAAUUUAGGUAGAGAAACAUGUUGCAUUUAUUGUGGAUGUAUAGUUGUAAGAAAGAGACUAUCUUCAUGUGUCUGCAAUAUUAUAUAAUA